AUGGAUUUCUUCAACGGUAUACUCGCCAAUGGCACUGGCUGGUGGACUUGGCCUCUCGUCAUCUACGCGGCCAUUGAAAUAAACUUUUACCUCGUAUUCAAGUUCUACCUGGUACCUCGGGCCAACAAACGGACACCUCCCCAACCUUUCCGAGCUUUUGGCUGCCACGAUGGCAAGGACCGGUUCAUGUUGAUGAGACGCAUUCUAGACCGCCUCGAACGCACCUGUGCCGCCACGGGAGAAGACAUGCUUCAAGCCACGGCUGAAUACAUGGCUCGGUGGUUCCGCUUCCAUCCUCACACCAGCCAAGAUCACAAGAAUCACCCCAGACCACCUCCCACGCGACGAGUCUCCACCCUCCUUACCGACUCGGAAAGCAGCAGCAGUUCAGGAGAGGAAGAGGAAGCCGACGACUUUGACGACGGAAGCUGUGAAAAUGAUUGGGAAGACUGCAAGAAAACAUUUAACAGCAGUAUCUUUAGCAGCAAAGUGAGCAUGGAGCUCAACGCGUGGAAUGAUGCCAAGCUCGAUGGUUGCGAGAAGACAAACAUCUUCAAGUGGGCUCUGCAUACACUCUGCUAUGAUGAUGUCAAUGAUCUGCUGGCAUGCUUCUUCAUGGGAAAGAGUGUUGAUACACUAGAAGAUUGGGAAAGAGUAGAGCUCAAGAAGCUGUUUGACUAUCUGGAAAAUCACUUUGCCCUGAAGGUACAACCUGGUCGCAGUCCCAUCACUACACCCCGCCGUCUGACGCAAGAAGAUGUCAAUGCCUGGCAUCGUCCCUUGGCGGUCUACGCUGGAGUGUACGCCAUGCAACUCGGAAAGGCGGGGGCUUUGUGGCUUCUCGGCUUUAGCCACAAUGUCACAUCGACUGGGUUGCAGUAUUGGUACAGACCGGAAAGACAGGCCACAAAGAAAGGAGAAGAAAUACCCAAUCCUCUCUUGUUCUUCCACGGAAUCGCCCCCGGUGGAUCCACCAUCUACCUUCCCAUGCUCCUCUCAGGAGUCGCUAAUGAUGGUCGUGCCAUGUUCCUCUUUGAGAAUCCGUCCGUUUCAUGCCACCCAAGUUUCAAAGUUAUCACCGAGGACGAGACCAUUGAAGGUGUACAAGAGGCAUUGGACAAGCACAACAUCUUGGGAGACCUGGCCCUUAUGGGACAUUCAUUUGGCUCCUUUCAGCUCACCUGGUUGAUCUACUCCCCAUUGAGACCUCGGAUUCGUCAGUUUGCGCUGCUGGACCCGGUAUCCAUCUUGCUUAGUGAACCUGACCUGGCCAUCAACUUUGACGAAGCCACACCGCUGUUCAAGUUAGUCCUCACUGAGCUGUGGACAAACUUCUACAUUCGCAGGUAUUUCUCCUGGUACAGGAGUGAGUUGUGGUUGGACGACAUGCCUGAGAAUGUGGAUUUCUUUGUGGGCCUAGCCGAGAAGGAUCAAAUUGUGAAUGGCCCCAAGGUGAAGCGGGAAGUGGAGAUCUUUGGAUCCGAGCAUCCAUCGUUCGCUCGUCAAACAACAAUUGCCUUUUGGGAUGGGGCCCUCCAUGGAGAUUGUCUGUAUCAGUGGUGGAAGUGGCGGGAUAUUAGGAGGUUCUUUGACAACGCAGAAUGCAAGAGCACCACCCAAUUUCCGCCAUCAAAGCAAAAGGUCUGCUAG